AUGCCUCGUCAACCUACGAGCAACAUCGCCAGCAACUCCCCUAACUCCUCAAGGCCUACAAAUCCGAAUCGCAAUCGAUUCAGUCAGCUGUUCCUAAGCUCACCCAAGCCCAAACAGGAGACGUCCUCGAAUCAGCUUCUGUCUGGUGGUUUGGACCAUUCUGCAGCAAACACUCCUUUGUCCUCAAUGUCGCUCCCUACAAUAGAAGCCACCAGCGUGGAUGAUCCGACGACAACAACUCUCUUUCAACCCCCUUCCCCGCAGGAGGCCCGUCGUCUCGCAAAACAACAUGCCCAGUUCGGCCCCCUCGGUCAUCCCAGCCAUCGCUACACCUCCCGCCAUCAGGGUGGCCCGUUCCCUGAUCCGGUGAUGGACGAACCACCGUAUUUUUACCUCUUUACGACCUAUAUUAGCUACCUUCUCUUGAUUGCUUGUGGCCAUAUUCGAGAUUUUUUCGGGAAACGCUUCAAAGAAAGGCACUACCGUCAUCUAAAACCGCAAAACGGCUUUGGUGCGUUAUAUAGCGAUUUUGAUAGCUUUUACGUUCGACGCCUGAAAUUACGAAUCAACGACUGCUUUGAGCGUCCCACCACGGGUGUUCCAGGGAGAUAUAUAACUCUAAUCGACCGUGUUAGUGACGAUUUCAAUGGCCAUUUUCGUUUUACGGGUACCACUACCGAUACUUUGAACAUGAGUUCCUAUAAUUAUCUCGGAUUUGCCCAGUCUGAAGGUCCAUGCGCAGAUGCAGUUGAGCAGACUAUUAAAAAGUACGGAAUCAGCUCCGUUUCGACCCGAGUAGACGCUGGAACGCAGGAUCUCCAUGUCGAAGUUGAGGAUUCGGUCGCAAAGUUUGUUGGCAAGGAGGCCUCAAUGGUAUUUUCAAUGGGAUUCGGUACCAACGCAGGAAUUUUUCCUUGCUUAGUAUCUAAGGGAUGUUUGAUUAUUUCUGACGAGCUGAAUCAUGCCUCCAUCCGCUUUGGGGCACGUUUGUCCGGCGCUUCUAUCGAGAUGUUUAAGCAUAACGACGUUCAUGCACUUGAGAAGAAGCUACGAGAGGUUAUCUCCCAAGGUCAGCCGCGUACUCAUCGUCCCUGGAAAAAGGUCCUGGUUGUUGUGGAGGGUCUUUACUCGAUGGAAGGGUCAAUGUGCAAUCUUCCUGGGAUCCUUGCCCUGAAAAAGAAGUACAAGUUUCACCUUUUCAUUGAUGAGGCUCAUUCGAUCGGUGCGAUCGGCCCCCGCGGCCGAGGGAUAUGUGACUAUUUUGGAAUUGAUACAAGCGAAGUUGAUAUUCUAAUGGGCACAUUGACCAAGUCAUUUGGUGCCAACGGAGGCUAUAUCGCUGCAGACAAAAUUAUCAUCGAUCGGCUACGCGCAUCCAAUGCGGCCGUGUUUUUCGGAGAAGCGCCUACGCCUCCCAUCCUCGCUCAAAUUUCAACUUCACUCCGCAUAAUUUCAGGCGAGCUUGUUCCUGGCCAGGGCGAGGAACGAUUACAACGUCUGGCGUUCAAUUCGCGAUACUUACGCCUAGGGCUGAAACGCCUUGGCUUCAUUGUGUAUGGAAACGAUGACUCUCCUAUUAUUCCUUUGCUCCUAUUCCAUCCUGCAAAAAUGCCAGCCUUUUCACACGAAAUGCUUCGACGGAAGAUUUCGGUUGUUGUCGUCGGCUACCCUGCUACCCCACUGGUUUCAUCUCGGGCUCGAUUCUGUGUGUCUGCGGCACAUACUAAAGAGGAUUUGGAUCGGUUGUUGUCAGCUUGUGAUGAGAUCGGCAAUGUGUUGCAACUGAAGUUUUCCAGUGGUGUUGCGGGAGGCGCACUUCCACCGCCGGAUGGAGUUAGCCCAGAAAUGGAGAAUGAUUGGUACCGCAAACAGGCCACUACCGGUCAAAUAACUCCCCCAAGAUGGCGGUACGAGGACGUUGUUCGCCGCGGAGUGCAAGAUGUUAAACGACCAUUAAGAUAG